AUCGGUGGCAUAACGGAGCAGAGAGUGAUGUCACAGUUGGACCAUUCUCCGGAGGAUCUAUUAAAAAACCAGAACCUCUGUCCUUACAUUCUUAGUUUUUCCAGUGGACACCAGCUGAAUGGUGGAAACUGUUUUUAGGAAAUAUGAAAUAACCCCACACCCUUUAGCACCGUGCCAGCUGCCAAAAGAAACAAGCUUACGUCAACUUCCAAAUGAGGAGGUGCUGCUUCACUUUGACCUGAAAGAGACACGCUGAGAAGGAGGGAGGGAGUGUGUGUGUGUGUGUGUGGGUGGGGGGGCUGAUAGUGUCCCGUCCUCUUCAUUCAUACUCAUAAUGUAGUCAGCUACCUGUUUGUGAGAGCAGUGCACGUCCAUUCAUCCCUCUCUCCUUCACUGCUGAAGAGGACAGCUGCACCUGACAGCAGUGUUGCUCCUGUUUCAGAAGUGCUACUCUUUGCCAGAUUAAGCAGGAAGUUGCAAGAUCAAAUGUAAACAUCGGAUGAAACAAGCAUGGCAGAUCCCUAUGAUGAGAAGACAGAAGAAUCACGCAAACAGUUCAGCCACAUUAACAUCAGAAUGAGUGACAGCAGUACUUGAUGAUUGAAAGGAAGUCCUCCACACAACAUGAGUCGAUAAGAUUGAAUUAAUCAAUGCUAAUGCUCUGUAUUUGAUGGCAUAAUYCAGUCUUUUGCCCAGCAAUUGAGUUUGCCAGUCAAGCAAGUACCAUGUCUGCAAGGAAAAUAAAGUGAAUAACUUGAAUUACCAUAUAUAAACCCAGUUAAUGAUUGGGCUUUAAAUCUAUUGCCUGGUUCAGGCAGACGUGGCCCAAGUGUCUACCUGGGCUUCCCUUCUGUUUUAUGGAGGGCUUGCAUAGUCAGUUAAUGACUGGGGAGCAGUCCGGAGGUCCAGAACAUCGUCAGCCAGAAUCUCCUCAGUGCAAGUCUUCUUCUCAGCUCAGUCGGCAACAACCAACCAGUUCCUYAAAACCUCAUGGAGCACCACAGCAGCUCAAACAACCCAGAAGACAGAACCCUGAACGUAAACGCCUGCGUCACCAGAGGCAGUGUGUUGGCUUGGAUACAGUGCUGGAGCCCAAACAUGAAGCAUCAACAGCAGCAAAACAAACUUCAGUUUUCACUUUGUCAUCAGGAGUCUUACCUACUUCAGCAGAUCCCACUACAGAAACCACAUCCAAAACCCAGGAGGACAACCUCAAACAGAAACGUGAGCGUAAGCCCCAGAGGCCAGGAAAAUAUGUUUGCACAUAUUGUGGGCGUGCAUGUGCAAAGCCUAGUGUCCUACAGAAACAUAUUCGCUCCCACACAGGUGAAAGACCCUAUCCCUGUGCCCCAUGUGGUUUCUCUUUUAAGACAAAGAGUAACCUGUACAAACACCGUAAAUCACAUACCCACAGGGUGAAGGCGGGUCUGGCACUUGGGGAGACAAAAUCUUAUGAGGAUCAAGUCACAGAGUCAGAGGAUGAAACUAGGCAACUGUCAACUCUUUCCUCCCUCACAGAGAAACAAAGCAGUACAAGCCCAGCAAAGAGUCAUGAAAUGGCCAAAGCUUGCACAGGAGGAGGUAAUGACUCCUAUGCAGUUAAAAAGAGACUUGCCCUCCGUCUCAGUAGAGGGAAACAUGCUACUCAAGACUCAUCUGAUGAAAAGUCAUCACUUCUAACUUUAGGCAGUAAAGGCAGUACAGAAUCUGGCUACUUUUCACGUUCUGAAAGUACUGAGCAGGUACAAGACAGCCCCCCAAACUCAAGUGCCAAAAGCUAUGCUGAAAUCAUCCUUGGUAAAUAUGGACGACUUGGGCAACUACAGAGGAUGUCUCAUCCUCAGGACCUGCAUGUCUCUGGUCAGGAGGAGAAAAACAUCUCAUUCACUGUACCCAAAAAGCAGGUCAUUGACCAUAUCACUAAACUUAUCACCAUCAACGAGGCGGUGGUGGACACCAGCAAAAUCGACAGUGUAAAACCAAGGAGAUUCUCACUGUCCAGAAAGAACAGUUUAGAGGCUCAGAAGAGUCCAGGUGUGAAUGAACAGCUUAUUCAUAGCCCUAAAUGUAUAGAGCUUAGCUGUAAAAGUACUGGUUCCAUUAGCAUGGGAGUUCCAUGUGAAAAAUUUCAUCAACCAUCCCUUAAAGCAGAGCAAAUAGCUAACCAAAUUUCCUCAGCUUCCCUAGUUAGAAGUCAUUCAAUGCCAUCUACAUCUAGUUCCUGUGACACCUCCAGUGUUGGUUCAGGCAAAUUCCGCUCAAGUCAGUCCUUUGAUGAACAGCAACAUUCUGGCACUCCAGCUACCCGUCGUUUUGGAACACUAAGAAGGCAGCCAGCAAUUGAAAUUCCACCCGGUACUGAUCUUACAAAAGAGGACUUUGACUCCUCUCAUUCACUUUACCCCCAAAACAUGAGCACAGUAUCUGAACACAAGCAAUACCUACCACAGCCAUAUGAAUGUGAAGCCUGUGGCACUGGCUGCAAGGACUGGGAAGGUUAUAAGAAACACAAGAAAAACCURUGCUUUGCUCAUCAUCCUCAAAUUGAGGUGGUAAUGAAUCAAAUGGAGCCUUCACAGUUAAGUAUUCUUUCAGUCAGAGCAGGAGCUUCAACAGUUCGCAAGAGAAGGAAAGAGGAGAGUUUUGAGUUUGAUGAACCCACAUCUUUGUUGCCCUCCUCCACCAUCUUGACAGGACAAUGCAAAAAUGAACGUAGUGGAGCUUACGAGGGCCCCAGAAGGUCUGCCACGCAAACCUGUUCAGUGAUUCAACACACAAGUUCUUUUGAGAAACAAGAAUCAUUCUGCUGUGAUAAUCGAAGCCUGGAGAAAACAAAGAACUCACCACCACAAGAAUAUCAGCUGGUCUCUAAAAAACAACCCCAACAUCAAUCAACUAAACAUACAACCCGAAAGCUGGUUCGCCAAAAUAAUGUGCAGGUUCCAGAAAUACUUGUAACAGAAGAUAUUCCAGAGACCUCACUGGAGUCAACCAACAUGGCAAGAAAUUUAGAAAAGCUUGAUGAAUUUCAUUGGCCACAGCGUAGCCCCUCUCUAGCGCAGCUUCCUAUUGAAAAGCUUCCACCGAAGAAGAAGCGUUUACGUCUAGCCGAGGCUGCCCAGUCCUCGGGUGAAUCCAGUUUUGACUCCAUAUCUCUGCCUCGUAGCCCUAGUCAAGACAGUAGUGCAUCAUUUGCUUCCAGUCGUUCUACAUCUUAUGAAGAACCAAACAGAGCAGACAUGGAAAUAACAUCAUCAACACCACUGAGGAGGUCAAGAGCCCCUCACAUGUUAACUGUGCCUGGGGUGCAUCAGCACAGAGAGAUGAGGCGCUCAGCAUCUGAGCAAGCUCCUCAUGACCCACAACCAAGUGUCCUAAUGGCCGAGACCCGAAGUAAGUCUUUUGAUCAUAGUUGCCUCUCCCCUGAGCGCUCUGCAGUUGGCUGGAAAGAAAGAAGAAAAUGCCUCCUUAUGAGACAUGCAGCAAUCAGGGAUCGAGAUGAGGAUGACGAUCAGUGUACCAUCCUGAGCCGUAGUCCUGGACAUGUCAGUCCCAGCAGAUCGUCUCAAACAAGCCCCAGUUCUGUGUAUUGCAGCAAUUCGUCUUCUCCCCCUUUGUCAAGUGCCAGAGCCCUGAGUAAUCCUGAGGGGCCACACUGCAAAGACCAUUUCCCUCAAUGGAAAUUAAGUCAAAACAUUCAGUUGAUGGCAAGCACAGAACUCCCAAAACCCUCUGACCUUUCUGUAGGUGUCAUAAAGGAGGCCUCGUACAUCCACCCGGAAAAGCUUCCUCCCCAAGCCCCACAGCCCAGUUCUACAUGCGGAGCGUCAGGAGCAGCCAGAGCCCACUAUCUCCCCGUGUCUACAGGGCUGAAGCUAGAGAUUCCCAUACAACAUGACAAUUAUUCCGAGGUUCGACACAGUCACUCCCUCACACAGCAACAUGUCCCUCACAUUACGUCUAGUCUGGAGCUCCUSAGGCCCCUCACAUCUUUAGCGAUAGCAGUCCGUCUUCAAACAGAAACCCUGAUUCCAGGAUGUGCAAUAUAUACGACUCUCUCUCAGUCCACCACACCAAGGCCUCAGGAGGCUUUUGAUGCUGUUUCACCCUUCGUAGGUACUUCAGCGGCUGAAUCCAGGAACCACAAUAACAGGAGUUUAGAUCUACACCUGUGGUCUGAUAAUGGCCUGAAGUUGUCAGGCUCUGGGGGCAACAAACGCAUGCUUUCUCCUUCAAACAGUAUUGAGCUCCAUCCUGAGUCCCAACAGCAGCAGAAAAGAGUUAAAGAAGAAGAGGAGGAUGAUGUGGUUGUGGAAUGUACCGACCCAGCAGCAGUUGACAGAUGCAAUCAAAAGCUCGAACAGGAAAGUCAGUCAUGUUUACCAGAUGUUUGUUGUCCUGUCUCAAGCAUUAAAGCCUCCUUUCCAAGUCUGCUCUCCAGCACUUGUAAUAGCUGGUGUUAUUUGAACUACAUUAAGCCAAACCCUUCAGCUUUGGAUGAACAUAAGCCCUCAGUGUAUUCAUCAUGGUCUACCAGCAGCUAUGACCCCAACCCACCAGGGCUCUCCAGUAAGACAGCUCUCUCUCUGCUGCACUGUAAGCAAAGGCUCAGUCCCUCCAUUUACACUACGUCACCAAUGUCAAUCAAUAUGGCUGAAUCCAGGGAGCCAGAGGAUGACAAAAGACCUUGCCAUACUCAGGUGUCCAACAGCCCGUCCUGCAGCAGAGACUGUGAGGAGAUGGAAAGGGAACCACUCGCAACUGACGACAACCUGUCAGGCAAAAGUCAGGAGGAAAAAGAGAAAGAAAAAACAAAGGAACAGAUCCAUCAGUUUUCCAAACAUAAAGAGCCUCCUGAAGUUCUGAUCUGUGAGACCAGAUCUAAGUCACAGUUCAGAAACGUCUGUGGUGGAGGUGAAGGGAAGUGUGAAUGUAAGGACGUCCUCUCCACAGACUCCUCUCCAUGCAGCUGGGUUCACUGCAGCAACACUCUGACACCUGCAGGGGGGCUGGUUGAACACCUGACACCUGAGACUCACAAACAAGAAGCCAGCUCUCAUCCAGAAGAAACACAAGAAGGACACUUUGUAGACCGAUCAAUUCAUCCAGUGCAACAAAAGGAAGUUAAGGAGCUCAUAGAAAAUGUGGAUAUAGAUGCAGCUCCUGACAAACCAAAGGACAGUAGCAGCUCUGCUGCUGAUGGCAAGGAAAGUCCAACAGGAGGCCAGCUAAAGGAGUACACAAGCAGCUCCUCCUCACUGCUCACAUCCAGGGAUGGUACCAAGAAGAGCUCUGCCAGUACCAAAAGAGCUCUGUUUGCCCACAUGCACCUCAAUGCUUCAACAUCAACAUCUUCUCCACAAACUCUGUCACCAAUUCCACAUGGAGAGCUGUCUUCACCGCUCCACCCGUCAUCCAUGUUCUCUGGCCCUCCUGAACCUCCUCUUUCUAUCUCCUCUUCAUCUACUUCCACCUGUGCUGCUCCACAGACGGCAGCAUCUCCACUCAGAGUGCCAACCCCUGGUCAGAGCCUGGGCUCAGACUCCUCUGAGCCUACAUGUUCCUCAGCUGACAGUUCUGUUCAGAGCCAAGCCUGUCCUCUGAAGAACCAGCUGUCUGCAAAAAGUCUGUCUGUGAAGGACACUGGUCUGGUCUUCAACCAACAUCCCACCCAGCCUGGAGGGUCCAGCAGCCUCCUGAGCCACCUCCCUCUGCACUCACAGCAGCCCUGCAGAACCCCCACCCUCCUCAUCUCCAUCGGGGGGAUUCACAUGAUCCAGCCCAGGUCCACUCUCCCUCUGUACGACUUGGUGAGCCGCCGGACUGACCCCAGCCUCCCCCAUGGACAGAUCGCUGUGACGGUCCCUCAAAGAGCCGGAGCCGCCCAGCAGCCGGGCCGGUCCACAGAAUCCUGAAGCUUCUGGACAGGAAGGAGAAGGAAGUCUCCCCGUCUAACAGUCAUCCGGUCCUGGGACRGACCAGCACUUUUACAGAUACUCAAGGCCAAAUAAAACUCCGCCUCCUUCCUCUCAGACUCCCCUCUGAUUGGACGGAGAGUUUAAAGGGACAGUGCAACAAAACUGAGGCGCAGAGCGUUUAAAGUCCAACAGAAAUAAACAUGAGCACUUGAGCACCGCUUCUGAAUGAUGUAAUCUUAUGAAAAAAAAAAUAUAUAUAUAGGUACUAUGUUAGAUAUGCAGUACGUUUUGUAAGUCUUUUUUACCCCCUGGUUUGAUGUCAUUGGUGUUAAUUUAUUUACGUGCUAAUAUGCAAAAUCUGUACAAUAUUAUGCAACAGCAACAGGAUUGAAAAUAGUUUUAUUCACUUUUCAUAUUGAACAACUCUAAUGUACAGUUGUUGUGUUCAUGUACUGUAUCAGCAAAACAAAUGGAGAAAAAAAAAGUACCACAAAUAUUUAUUCCCUCAGAAGAACUCAGUAUUUUGAAGUGCAAUUUUCUGUCAGGACUGUAAAACGUCAUUUUUUUAAAGCUGUGAUUAUUGUUCUGAUUUGUAUGUUUUUCAGUUUUUGUGUUUAAAAAACGUUUCUGCUCAGCUGGUUUAGUUUUUUUAUUGUAAGAGAAGUUGUUUGAGGUUAAAAACGUGGAAAAGUUUCAUGUUUCUGGUAGUUUGGUAACAAAACACAUGUUUGUUUUCUUGUUUUUGUUUUUGACCCAAACAUUCAGCUGUUUUCAUGUUCAUCAUUAAACUUCUCAUUUUUACAGAUUUAUAUGAAAACUGCAGUAAGUCUCCAUUGUUUAAUGUCUAUGAAAUAAAGUUUCUGUCCAUUU